GUCGCCCCUCCCACGGAACUGCAAGUCUGAAAUUAGCAGAUGCUUCCCAAGAUGGCACGAGUGCUGAAGGUGGCGGCCGCGAGCGCCGUAGAGGCGGGGUCGUCCAGCUAAGGGGCAGCCAGGCCGAGCCAGACGCAAAUGUAGUGAAUGGCAAAGGGACAGUGAGAGACGGGGGAGGAACCAGAAGAAGCGCUGAAAACGCAGGCUGAACUCCCGGCCCACUCUGGAAGGUCAGUUGUGUAAAGAAUAUGGAAGGGCUUUUACCCAGACUUUGGACUCCAGUGUCAACAGUGAGAACUUCCGCGUCGCUGUCCUCACAUCCAGGGGCUGGCCCUGUAUGGAACCUGGGUCGACUCAACCAUGUUGCAAUCGCAGUGCCAGACUUGGAAAAGGCCAGAGCAUUUUAUAAAAAUGUUCUGGGGGCCGAGGUGGGUGAGCCGGUCCCUCUUCCAGAGCAUGGAGUGUCCGUCGUUUUUGUCAACCUGGGAAACACCAAGAUGGAGCUGCUGCACCCACUGGGAAGUGACAGUCCAAUUGCAGGAUUCCUAAAGAAAAACAAGGCUGGAGGGAUGCACCAUGUCUGCAUUGAGGUGGAUAAUAUAAAUGUGGCUGUGAUGGAUUUGAAAGAAAAAAAGAUUCGUAUUUUAAGUGAAGAGGCCAAAAUAGGAGCACAUGGAAAACCAGUGAUCUUUCUCCAUCCUAGUGACUGUGGUGGAGUCCUUGUGGAAUUGGAGCAAGCCUGAUGAAUAAUUCACAAGAAACUGAUCACCCUGAAAAAGCCUUAUCACAGGGUGCUUCAACAUCGAGUCCUUCACUGCUUCUGUCACAGAACUAAAUUACGGAGAUUUUUUAAAUUAUAUAUGUGUAUAUACAUAUAUACACACACAAAAUCUUUGCUGAUUAUGUUGGAUUCUUUUUUCUUGAUUUGGAGAAAACUUUGACUACUGAAUACUUAUGGAAUAUUAUUAAAGUCAUAUUCAUAGAAAUAAAUUAUUCCUGUUCUGAAA